CAUUUUUUGUAAUGCAUGGAUUAAAAUUCAACGUUCUUCAAAUACAAUUGUCUCGUUAAUCACAAUAUUAUCCAAUAUUUUAUAAUAAUUGAUAUUUAACUACAUAACGGCCGUUCGUAUCACACUCUUCGAUAUUUAGUUGAUUGAUCAUCUUGUUAGUUGGAUAAUUUUCAAGUAUAACAACACAGAUACAGAAACUUCAAAUUACACACAAAGCGGAGUGACCAACUCAUCGGGUAGACGUCGUACCGGACAGGUGCAGUAAAGAUGCGAGGCAGCUCUGAGUUGGCGGACCCGCCGGACGAGCAACCACUGCAGCUGCAACAGCUCGGCGACGGCGACGGACUGCAGCGGCGGCCGGACCACAGCGGCGAUGUGGCCGCCAUGGCGUGGUGCGACGCCCGGCUGCCGGCCACCGCGGCCAACGUCGCGGCUGCGGUCGUCGGGGUGGCCAUAGCGUGGUCACUGCUGUACGUGAACGUGCAGUCGGCAGAGCUGAUGACCGUACCCGGCGGCAGUCUGUCGUCCAUAUUCAUGCUGUACGUUACCGGUACGGUGGCCGGCAAGCUCAUCUACGAGAUCGUGGGACUGCCCCCGCGGUUCGGCAUGCUGUUGGCCGGCAUCGCACUCCAGAACGCCGGUUUGUACACCGUCAGCGGAUGGUGUUCACAUCUGGUAUCCUUCAUCAGAGAAGUCUCACUGGCCGUGACAUUGAUCAACGGUGGACUGGAGCUGGAUGCCAAUCAGUUGCGUCGACUCAGAGGCGUCGUGGCCCGACUCACGUUGUUGCCGUGCUUAGCCGAAGCCGCCACUGUGGGGGUAGCCGCACAUCUAAUUUUGCCCGGAUUCUCGUGGCAGUGGAGUCUGAUUCUCGGGUUCACACUGUCUGCCGUUAGUCCGGCCAUAUUAGUGCCGGGCCUAUUCCAACUGAAACGUUUGGGCUAUGGUGAAGUAAAAGGUGUUAACACUUUGUUGAUUGCCGCUUCGAGCUUAGAUAAUAUUGUGUCAAUCUGCGCAUUUCGGAUAAUAUUAGGAGUCCUAUUUCAGACUGGUAGUCUGACGAGUAAAAUAAUUCAAGGACUCAUUGACGUAUCAGUGGGAACCGUGUUGGGAGUCGUGUGGGGUUUCUUUUUGAUUUUUGUGCCUCCAUCGCCAUGGGCUAAGAUAUACAAAAAUCAAAAAAUCGAAAACACCGACAAAUCACAACGGUUGGACCGAUCGAUAACAGCUAAAAGGUCGUUCCUGCUAGGCGCUGGCGGAUUUCUAGCGAUGACCGGCAGCCGGUGGUGCGGUUAUCCUGUGGCCGGUCCAUUGGCGUGCAUCAUAUCGGCAUUCGUGGCUGGUACCGGAUGGAGAUGGAGAUUGAAAAUGCAAAACCACAAUAACUCUGCGAUUUCGGUGGACGAAAAUAGCGAUGACGAGGACCAGUGCCGAGGAAAACCGGUCGAAAAGGUUUUCGAAUACGCAUGGACCGGUCUCCAACCGUCCGUCUUCGCGUUUUUAGGCACCGACAUCAAAUUCGAGCUGCUCAAGAGCUUCGACAUGGUCUUAGUCGGAUUACUUGUGCUCACGUUAGGAAUCGCAGUUCGUAUGAUUGUUACUACGUGUUCGGUAUUGGGCUCGGGAUUCAGUCGUAAGGAAAUAAUAUUCGUCAAUAUUUCUUGGCUUCCCAAGGCUACCAUACAGGCUAUUCUAGCUCCGUUUGCAUUAAAUAUAGCGAGAGAAUUGGGAACGCCAGAAGACGCCGAAUGUGGAACUCGACUGGUGACCAUUGCCGUGAUCUCCAUUUUAUUAACUGCACCCAUAGGGGCGAUCGGCAUAAAACUUUUCGGUCCCAGACUGUUGCCCAGAGCCAAUUGACUAUGAUAGGUACAAGUAGAGACAGCCGUGUAAUAGUCAUAUUUUUUCAUUCUUACAUUUAAUCAAUUGGAUUUAAUUAUUUUGAGAUAUUGACACGUUUGCACAAAUGUAUAGUGUUUUUAAUCAUUUAGAUUAUAUUCUACACAUUUUGAAAUGUCUGUUGUAUACGUUUUAUUAUUGUCAUAUAAUUAUUUGCUUGUAUGAGGCGUCAGCUUAGCUACACAAUAAAUCAUCUUUCAUCACCUUA